UCUAGCCGCCGGCCAACUCAAAGUCACAGCAGACGUUGAAUUUCAAAUAAAAAAAUAAACAUUUCUGUCACUGUAUAGUUGGUGGACCAAUUAAAUUUACGAUCAGAGUUCCAGGACUUUUCAUUGUGGGUAUUCGGCAGUCGGUUCGAGCCGGCAGGAGCCGCAGUUACCUGAGAGCCAGGCGAGACAACAGCGCCACCUACACAAGACUCUCCCCCCACGUGUUUUCUUAAGUCAUGACACAAUCUGCAAUUACCGCAUGCACUGAAGGCAGGCAACGACAAGGAUCUAUCUGCAUCUCUCUCCAUAUCACCUUCUGCUAACCGGAGUCUGAAAGCUGAUGGCUAGCAUGCGAUAAAUUUCGCAUUUUACCCUCGAACUUUCAUUGUGAGCUGUUGUACGAAUAACGUUUGGACGCUGUGUUUUCUUUCAUUUGAAACAUCGACGAGAUUUUUUAGAUGUGUUAUUCGAGUAUGGGCUGAUUUGAGUGUUUUUCUCUAUUUACGGUAAAACUUUUUAUUUUUGUAAAAUUAAUACUUUGUUUUUUCAAAUGAUGGAAUUUUGAUUGGAUUGUGGAUAGUUGUUUUGAUUGUGGAUACAAGAGGAAUUUGGCAUAUUAGAUGUGAUUUAUUUACUGGUUAAAUUUAAAAUUUCACUGGAACUUUAAAAUUUCUUUCAACGUAGGCCUACUGCGUCGAGUUGUGUACAUAAGUUUGACUAAGUCCGAUGAUAAGAGAUUAAGCCAAAUUUUGAUACACAAUAUAACAGCAAAUUUUCUACGGCGUACGGGAAAUAUUUGUUUACAUGUGUAUUUUACAAAAGUGAAUACUUUGAAAAGAAAAUUGUAAACAAAAAUUAUAAGUUGAACAAGUUUUGCUACUGGAUAAUUUUAACACGCUUUCUCGUUAGGCCCUAAUUAAGUUCAUCAGUGAGAAGGAUAUUCUUGUGACGUGUAAGGCUCGGAGUAUUUGUGUAACACAUUCCUAAGUUUUGCUGAACGUGGCGGUGUGAAGGUUACAUCAUUCUGUGGUAAAGGCGGACACAAGAAGGACACAAGACUGACACAAGGCUGACACAAGAGUCUCACAAGACUGACACAAGACUGACAGAAGACUGACACAAGACUGACACAGUGCUGACACUAGAGCCGAUGAGAGCCAGCAGACACGAGCCAACAACAGAAUGAAUGUUUGGAGUGUUUUGUACUCGGUCUACGUCAUCUUCGGAUCUCUCAUAGGUCUGUGCCUGAGCAUGGGUAGUGAUGACGAGUACCGUCUGGUGCGUGACCUGAUGAAGACCUACAACAAGCAGGUCAAGCCGAGCCUGAUGAACAACCAGGCCCUCAAUGUGUCGUUUGGUGUGGCGCUGGCACAGAUCAUAGACCUGGACGAAAAGAAUCAAAUCAUCACAACAAACUGCUGGAUCAACCAGAUUUGGGUCGACCCAAAACUUCGGUGGGACCCCAGAAAGUACGGCAAUAUAUCCGUCAUCAACUUGCCGUACAACACAGUCUGGUUGCCGGACGUCGUCUUAUACAACAGUGCCAUGAUAACGGACGAGUCUGUCAGCACAAAUGUCAUAGUCAACUACACGGGGGAGGUCAUGUGGCUUCAGAUGGUCAUUUUUAAGAGUUCCUGUGAAGUUGACGUCACGUACUUCCCUUUUGAUACCCAGCACUGCACGCUCAACUUUGCCAGCUGGACCUACGACUACGGCGGUCUGAACCUGGAGACCAUCGGGGACGAGGUGGGGGACAUAUCAAACUACAAGAACAGUACAGAGUGGGAGCUGGUCAGUUAUCUGCAGGAGAGAGAGGAAAAAUUAUUUUCAUGCUGUCCAGUGCCGUACAUCUUCAUCAAGAACCACAUCCGCAUCAAACGUCGGCCACUGUUCUACGUGUUUAACAUGGUGUUCCCCUGUAUCCUCAUCACGAUGGUGGCACUACUGGGAUUCUACAUGCCCGCAGACUCAGGUGAAAAAAUCGCCAUGGGCAUCACGACGUUGCUGUCUAUGACCGUCUUCCUGAUGAUCGUGGCAGAUAAGAUGCCGCCCACCUCAGACGAUCUUCCGUUGGUUGGUCUGUAUUAUGGUAUCACCAUUGCUAUAGUCUCCUCCGCCACCGGAAUGACCGUCUUUGUCCUCAACAUCCACUACAAGGGCUCCAGGGGACGCGAAGUCCCUAAAAUACUGAAAAAGAUUUUCUUUGGUGUGGUAUCCAAAAUGCUCUUUUUGUCUCUGGACUUUGAAGAUCCGCCGCCAGGGCAUAAGCACAGUUCUCAACCCGUCCCGACCAACGACUACUACUCUCGGUACGACAUGGACAGACGGCCAGAAAAUGGCGGCAUUUCUCCGAGGUUUGCCCGGAAGUUUACGCCCUCUCCGUCCACGCCAAGUGGAGACAACACAGAAAGACAAUUUUUACGGGUUUUACAAAAGGUCUACCAGACGAUCGAGAAAAAUGAGAUGCGCCUCGAAGACCAGGACAGAAAAGAUGCAAUCAAGGUGGAAUGGCAGCAACUGGCUCUUAUCAUUGAUCGUCUGCUGUUGCUCAUCUUCGUGGUCUUCACCAUCGGGAUAAGUCUGGCGCUCAUCCUGCCUGGUUAUUACGCCCAAAUGAGGGAUAUGGAUUGAUGACGUAGGAUGGGCGUGUCGUUACAUCGCAUUGUUUACAUGCAUGGAUUACACAAAUAUGCAAAUCGAUAUCAUUGCCGAGUAAUGUAAGCCUGUGGCUCUGAUUUUUUUAAACGGAUGUGAGAUUAAACUGGUGGAAUCUACGCUAAACUGCACAGCCGCGUUCAACGCUGUGUAUCGUCUGCAAUGUUGUCUACCAAACGACCGGAUAUUCAGAAAAGCUAAAAAUUGUUACUGGCCAUGAAAAGUGCGCAUGCUUCUCGGGUGUUUUGAUUUUAUUUGAUAAAAAGCGCCAUCUAUGAUACUUGUUUGUUUUAAACAACGCCAUCUCUAACACUAGCUUGCCUUGUUGCGAGGUGCGUACCUUCCAAUCCACGAAAACAAACAAAAAACUUCCAAGUACGAACUCAUACGUUGAGCGAUCAACCCUGAACCUGUGAAUUUGCAGACUUUUCUCUGCAAUUACCUGACAGGAUAAACACAACAACGACGAAAUGACAACAAAAUGGAGCUUAUCAUGUCGAAACCACGUGACACCAUUCAGCCAUUCAAAUUUGUUUUCGAAUGUAUGCGCUUCUAAAACUGAAAUGAAAGAUGUUAAUUUGAUCUGCAUCAGGAGCUCCAUGUGUUUCUAAAUUAUCUCCCUUGUCUGUUUCAUCGAGAAAGUAAGAAGAAAUAUUUUUAUUUUUAAUUCGCUAUUUAAUAUGCCUUGGGUAAAUGAAGAAUUCAGAUGCGUAUGUUAUUUAUUACAAAAAGCUCCAAGUUUAUAUUGAGUUUAUGACAUAUUGAGAGCACAGUCAGUUUCAAGCAUUCUUUUCCCUUGCGUUAUAGACAUUUUAACUAACAACAUUGAGUAGUUAUGCCAUAGUUGUUUUAACUAAAUAUACAUAGAAAGCUUUUAUAUAAAUUUAUUUACUGGUUCUUUGCGAGGUAAACAAAAACAUUAGAAGUAAAAGAAAUGUUGAAAAUAAAGUUUGGGAUUGUUUUUACCAUGCAGUGUGGUUUUUAAAGAUAAGAUCUUAAAAUAAAUUGUUUUUUUGCUUAUUAGAAAGUGGUUUGCAUUUUGUAAGUAGUGAUUGAGCACAGAUAUAACCCGAAGAGUCUAUGGUGGGGGUAUUGUUUUAUUAUAUCGAAGUAGUGGUAACUUAUUGUAUUGUUAUAUUGCAUUACAAGGGGUAGGGGCGAUAUCAAGCAAUGCUUAACAGAUGUUUAUAUUUAAUUUGCUUGAAAAUGUCAGCUAUUUAGAAUGGUUACAUUUUUUCUUUAAACAUAAAAUGUGGUUUAUUUUUCAAUUAUUUUUUUUAUGUAAAAAGCGUUUUUCUCUAAAAUGAUGUAAUUAAGAUAGUCUAAUUAAAAAGUUGCUAGAAGUGUCGUGGUUUAUGAAGGUGAAGGUUGGUGGGCGGCGCUUGGGAGAAUCACGUGAUCCCUUGAAAUGUUAUUUACAAAUUUUGGACAGAGUUCAACUUUUGUCGUCAAUAAAUCAAUAUACAUGUUAAGAUUAAAUCUUAGAUUUAAAAAAUCGAACAUGAUGCAGGCCAUUUCUAUUUUUUAGUCUGAUGAUAUUUAAUAUUGCGACACGACUACUUGUCUCAACUUUACCAUUCUUAGCCUGACACCACCCGUUCCCCACCCACCAACCGACCUACCACCGCCACUCGCUUAUUUUUUUUUUCCAAAAAGCAAUAAAGUAGCCAAUGAUGUCAUUGGCUAUGUUUGCUAAAAGCGGGACUCUGAUGUGAUAAAUAGAUUUUAACGGAGAUAAAUUGUGAUACUGCGUGAUUGUUAUUUCUUUCUUUUGACUUUUGCCUUUGCUAGAGCUAGCCUAAAACACACAACACUAAGUAGUGAAGGUUUGUCUCAAACAGUGGUACUUGUUGUUGAGUUAGGUUUGAUUUUGUUUCAACUGAAACACGACUAGAUCUAGGGAUGUUUUGAGAAAGCUGUAAAGAAAUCUGUGCACGCAUGUCCGCGGUGCGUUUGUUAACGAUAGUCGAGCAAAUUUCUGUGAAGGUGUGAGAGGUGCUACAGCUGCCCGGAAUAAUGGGUUAGACUUAGCAUUAGAUGAUGGUUAGAUUAAAAGGUUAGGACUAGGGUUUGUUUCAACACUGAGAUAUAAAGUUUGGUGGGGUCAGACGUUACGGAUAUAGUGUAAAUCAUCAGAUGUGAGGGAUUGGGUGUAAAGCUGGAUGUGUGGAGGAACCAGUGUAAACCAGCGUGUG